AUCAUAACCUUAAGAUUAACUCCUUUCAUUUAAUGUUUAUCACAUGAGUUUUAGGCAGUAUUCUGGGUAGUGUUUCUGUUGAUAAGUUAGUUGAUAGCUAUAAUUAAUCAAUGUUUAAAUUUUUCUCGUGAGACUAAAGAGAUGAAGAACAGUAGAAGAAUAUUAUUUUCUUUUGUUAUGCAUAAGUUAUUCACUUGAUGUUAGGCUUUGUGUAGUGUUUGAUAAUUUCUUUUGAAUCAAUUGUCUUUUUGAGUCAGUUUGGUUUAUGUUAUGUUUUGAUAUUAAUUACAUAAAGCUUUGUUGAAGAUGGGUGAUAGUUCUUUAGUCUGAGUAAAUAUUUUUGUGCAUUUAGAAAUGAAUUCUAAGAAUAAUGACAAACAAAUCACACACCCUUCAAAGAAAAAUGAAUUACAGGUUCACAUUGUUGAAGAUCAUCAUGAAGUUCUUCCAUUUAUAUAUAGAAUGAUGGGUUCUAAAAUUCUGCCCUUAAAUGGCAAUAUUCUUAUCCAUCUUGACUCUCAUCCAGAUAUGCUUAUUCCAAAAGGUAUGGAUGCUGACACUGUUUGGAACAAGUAUGAACUAUUCAAUAAAGUAAGUAUUGAGAACUGGAUCAUGCCUGCUGCAUAUGCUGGCCAUUUUAGCACUCUUGUCUGGAUAAAACCUCCUUGGGCUUUUCAAAUUGCUGAUGGUUCCUAUAUUUUUUCAAUUGGAAAAGAGUGCUCUUCUGGUGAAAUACGUUUAACUAGUAACUUGCCUUACUUUGUAAGCGAAUGUCUCUACUCUCCAGUAGAUAAAAUGGAAAAUAUAAAAGAGAUCAGACUGGAAGUUGUAACACUUGGAACAUUCAUAAAGGAACCAGAGAGAGAGGAUGAUAUUAAUGGAUUGCUAGAAAGAUUAAAAGACCGAUUCCCUGACUGUAUGAGCUACGUCUUAGAUAUUGAUUUGGAUUUCUUCUCAACCAGGAAUCCAUUUAAAGCUCUCUAUAAAAAUGCUGACCUAUAUGAAUCUCUUAAACAUUUAUAUUGGUUCGACACACCUAAAAGUGAAGACAGUUUGAUAUUGGAGGAAGCAGUUAGAAACAGAAAAGAGCAGGUUGAUGAUCUUGAAUCACUAUGGACUUAUGUAGCAGAGAACAAGUGUGGUGGGACUGAGCCAAGCUCUAGAAGAUGGCCAGCAGUUAAGGAGCUUGCUCAUAAAGUGAAGUCUUUUUAUAAAGAUAUUGAUUGGGAGAUAGUCCAUGAUGCUGGUUGUACUUGGGACAACAGCGACCUCCCGGAGCAUGUCACAUCUCGUGAAGAUAUUAAAAAACUUAUUGAAAAAACUUUUCAUAACCUUAUCCAAACACUCAAUAAGCCUACGUUAAUUACCAUAUCUAGGUCCAGUGAAGAUGACUACUGUCCACCUGAAGAUGUUGACUGGAUUCAAGAAGAAAUCAUAAAAGUUUUGAAAAAGAAAUUCAUAAUCAAAGUCCAUGAGCAUUAUGACGAAUAACUAUUUAAUUUUUAAAAAGAUUGUGAUAUAAAAAUAAUUUGACUGCCAUGAUUUAGUAUCAAUUGGGAUAUAAUACAAAAUGUAGUUAAGUAAAACAAAUCUUUAUAAUUUAUUUAAGGUAUACUAUUUAUUUUAUAUGUAAUAACGCCUAUUUAUAAAAUUUCUUAGAUGAGAUUAGUGUGCUUACUUUUUUAUACUAUGCUGUGACCUUAGAAAAAUUAAAUCAUUUUUAAUAAAGUAUAGCAUUUUAUUUGUUAAUAGCAUGUAUUAAUACCUUGUACUACUUACAAUUAGUGUAUUUUUAACUAAUAGAUUACUUUAAAUGCACAUAAGUGAAAUUAUAUUCACUAUGGUUUCAACAUUUCAAUGUAUAAAUUCAUAAAUUGAAUUUUUUUUCUUUAUUAUUUAUAAAAGAUUUUUUACUUUCAUCCCAUUAAAUUAUUGAUGACAUAUAUUAGUAUAGUGAUUUUUAAACGAGUUUACACAAAUCGACACAUUCAGCAAUUUCAAAACACAAUUCUUAGGAUGAUUGUCAGAACAAUGGUGUGGAAGAAAGAAAAACCUCCGGCUCUCCACAACAAACUAGAUCCUCCAACGAUUUCAGAAUUUAUCAGGAGGAGGCAUGUUAAAUUCCUGGACUCACUUAAAUACCUCCCUAACCCAUUAUUUUUACCUCUGCCAGUGCAAUGGCAGAAUCCAUCAUGAGAAAGUAGCAUAGACGUUCAGGAUUAUAUAUAGUUGAAUAUCAAGUUCAGAAAAAAGACAUGUCCCAACACAUUUUAAAAUAUUAGCAAUUUAAGACUGUAUGAAAACAAAACCUCAAAGUAGCUGUAAAAUGAAAUAUUGUUUCAGAUAAAAGCUAAAGCUCCUACAUAUCAUAUUUUACAAGAUUAUUUAAAUUAAGGGUUUGGGAAAAAAAAAAUCAUUUGCUCUACCAUUUGAAAUAAGUUGGAGUGAAGGUAAUGAUGGAGAUCUUAUUUAUUUAGUCCUUCAACCAGUCAACAGCUUAAUUGAGGGCCAGCAUACCAUUAGCCCAUAGUUAAGUGUACCACCAACCAAAAUACUGUUGAAGAAGAGGACAUUGUAGCUAACAAUCAUCCCUGACAUUUGGAAUCACUCCUCGUGACUUGAGACGUCGUACUGCUUCUCGUAAAUGCUUUGGUUUUAGUGCUCCAGAUUCUCCUAGGCUCUCCAUUACAUCUAAAGCUAGAAAUUCCAGGUGCAAUGAAACAAUAUUAUUAAUUAAGAUAUAACUAAUAAUAAAAUUACAACAAACUACCUUCUUCAACAACUUCCCCAACAAAAACUUUGGCUAUUCCUGACAUAGCUAUCACAACAUUUUGAGAAAUUGAUGUCCCAGUUAAUGUUUGCAUAAGCUGAAAAAUUUAUCAAAAAAUUAAUACACAUAAAAUUAUGGAUAUUCCUAUGGUUGUAAGAUAUUAAUUUUACAUUAAUAAUGAAUAUGGUGGCACAGGAUAAAAAUUACUGUCUAAAUGCAAAAAUAAGUUUGCCCCUCCUGGUCAAUAACCUAGUUCUGGCCCUGCCACAUAAAUUGACCUAAAAUCCAAGAAUAUAAAAAAAUAAUGUGCUAUAACAGGAGUCUCCAAAUUGUUUGACCCAUGGUCCACAUUGAGGGCUGUGGGCCGUAUUGAGACCUCCACUAAGUCUCUCGGAUAUGGCUUGUGAUAAAUAAAUGAUCCUUCAUCUGUGAAAUGAGUUUUCUAAGAGAAAAAAAUAAUUUAAUAAACGGUGCAGAAACCUCCUGUUUGAAUGAUUUACUUGAUUUCGUAUUUUAAAAAAAAAUUAUCAUGUAAUCAAAGAAACAUUCAUGGGCCGUAGUUUGCAGACCCCUGUUCUAUCAUACCAUCAAGUCCAGUCAAUGUAGUAAUUAUAUAUAUAUAUAUAUAUAUAUAUACACAUAGAUAAGUGAAAGCAAAAAAAUUGAGAAAUCGUAAGUUUAAAAGGUGAUUGAAACUUUUCAACAAACUUAACAGUGAGCAUUCAAAAAUUAUUAUAGAAUGACAAGAAAUCUAAUAGUGGUUUAUUUGACUAGAUAAAAAUUACAUAUCGGCUAUUGUACAAAUUACAAAUAAAGUAUAGAAGCUGAAGAAAACUUGAUUUGUUUGAAGCAAGAAAGAACUAAGAUGGAAGUCAGAAAUAAUGAUGAAUGUAUGAGCCUUCAAAUAAAAAAUCUGGUGCGCACAACAUACAACUUUCAUUUACUACAUUUCAUUUGAUGUUUUUGGCUCAAAACAUCUAGGUCAUUAGCACCCUUAAUAAAGUAAUACUAAUAUAAUAAGAUAGUAGUAGUAACUGAAAUAUUUAGAUAGUAUUAACUGAAAAUAAAAACAAUAGAUAGUACAACAUAAUAUUUGAAACAAUUAAUUACUAUAUAUUUUUCUCAUCUAAUAUAUUAAAUUUAUUCGUUUUUCAUCACUGACCAUUUCCUUUUACGACUGUAUAUUUUAAUUAAUUAUAAUAAAUAAUUAAGUGCCACGAAUUCUGUUUAGUACAACAAGAGUGCCAGUAAGGAGGUCAGAUAUUCAUUUAUGUUUCAUUGUGAGUAUAUUUUUUGUUUAAAUACUGUUAUAUACACAGAUUUUAAUUUUUAUAUUGCUGUAAAUAAAUAAUAUAAUCGGAACCCGUCACUAAGCUUGAGGGUACGAUCGGGUUUCUUCAGCAGUUCUGGCAUCCUCAUUAUCAGCCUCUUACCCCGAGCGAACGCGAGUUUCAAUUUUCGUUCCCUUGAUACCAUCUCUUAUUUCGUCUCUUAUCUCUUGAUACUAAACCUUCUCUCGUUUAGUUCAUGGUACAUUUUUUUCACUAUUUAUAUUUGUAUUCAUUAUCUGAAUAGUGAAAUAGUUAAUUUUUUAAAACAAACAAAAUUUAAGAUACUUUAGAGGAAGACAUUUUUGAAAAAUUGACAUUUAUGUCCUUGUUGGAGAACAUCAAUGAGGAUAAAAGUUACCUCAUAUUAAACAACACUUAAUUGUACAUUAGCAUAAUGAGUUUAAUCAAAAUCAUUAGAGCCGUUUUCAAGAAAAUCGUAAAAAUGUGUUAAAUCGAUGACAUAAAGUACCUUAAGUACAUAAAGUAACUUCUGGUUUGCCGAUUCUGAUGAAAAUAUUGCUGUAACAUCCCAGGCAUAUAAAAACCUUAAAUAGGCAAUUUUAGUUUUGUGCGACUUUUCGUUUUUGAGGUAGGCUGUUCACAUACCGACACAAACACACAGACUUUGUGGGACUUGGUUAUUUUCACUCAAGGGACCACAUUAUUUCUGUUAAAAACUCAGAUUUGAAAAUUUUCAUGAUCGCAAUACUUACCCUUACUAUAUAGUAUAUAUAUACACACACAUAUAUUACAUGUAUAUAAGAUGACCAUACUAUUUUUACCAUGGCGUUAAAAAAAAAUUCCUGCUUUUUGGAAAUAAUGCACAACAAGCUAGGAAAAGGCAGGAGAUCGGGAAGAAAAUAUGGUUUUCGGAGGCAAUGUGGCUAUUUCUCCAGGAUAUGAGUUUUAUAUUAUUUUUGUUAAUUUUAUAAUGUUUAACUUUAAUAAUACCGAAUAAUUGUUGAGAACUAACUAUCGAGGACUGCUUAGCAAAGUUCGCAUUGUUGACCAGUUGAUAAAAUUCAAUCACCAUUGUUUGGACUUAAUAAACAACCUGAAAAUGAUCUUUUUAAUAAAAUAUCAUUAUAAAAAAAUAUAUAUAUUGAUAACGAAAAGGUUAAAUAUUUGGCAUCAGCAAAUUAACUUCAUUUGCUAUUUCAAUUACUGAAAUUUUGUCACUUUCAGUAAGUUUUAUAGCAUUUUCAAAAAGACCUGUUUGAUUAUGUACAAUAUGCUGCCACAAAACACCUAAGUAUUAAAAACUGUGUAAUUAUUGAAGUCAUAAUUUAAACGUUAAAUACACCAUCAAAUUAUUUGCUCUAAAAAAUAUGUCUUUAGAACUAAAUUCUUUACCUUAUUUGAACUGAAUAUUAUUGUCACCGGAUUAAAAUUUAUACCAGAUUAUGAUUAUGUAAAAUUAAUUAUUUCAACAACAAAUGUGGACCACCCUCCUUCCUCCCUUCCCUCUCUCCCCGGUCAAUGGGCGUCCAGCUUUAUCAAUGUUAAAAUCUAGUCACCUUACCAAGAUAGGUAGGGGAGUCGAGCUGUAACAGUGAUUAAUGUAUAUAUAGAGUCUAUAUAUAGUUAAGAGAAAGUAAAAAAAAUAUACAAAGACAAAAAAAAAAGUAGAGGACUACCACAAAAUGGCUGCAGGAUGUGAUUAUGAAUCAGGUAUACACGAUUUAAAAUUAAUUUCAUAAUUGAUUAUGGUUAGCAGCUUAGGAAUCAUCAUGAUUCCUGAUCUGCCAUUUCAACGUUCCUUCCAAAUCUAUAUUCUGCAAAGCGUAAAAGAAUAAGAUAAUGUGCGGUAGAUAUGUACUACAGUUCACAAAAUUCGAUUUAAAAUUAUUGUAAAAUCUACAUUUAUUUGUUAUUUUUUUUAAAUCUUCCAGAUAUAAUUGUUUUAAAUUACAAUCAAUUCCUCCAUGUUUUAAUUAUAUCCAUUUCCAUUGCAUUGAAAAUUCGAUUAGUAUUCCCAAGUGAGCAUGAAUCCCUGCCUUAAGGAAUAAAAGCCUAAGGGCUAUAUGUAAGAAUCAUUUAUAAGGAAUAUUUUCAAUAAUGAUGUAAUUAUUGAAAAAAAUUAAAAUGUCUGAGAUUCACAGUUUACAAUCUUUAAAGGAUAUGCAAUUUAAUUAAGUAAAAGUAUUGAAAACUCCUUAUAAUUGACCUUAGCAAACUCUUGCGGCCUAUUAUGAAACUUUACUUAUUUACUCCUUUUUAUAAAAGCAAGGGGGGUUUGGAAGGAAUGGCAUGUCAUGAACCACAAAAGGCCAGUUCUCAAAAGGGCAUUUCCAACAAGUUAAAAGUAAUGACUUCAUGUGACAAUUAUGUGGGCAGAGUGGCAGAACUGGGCUAACGAGUGUGCACAGCAUUGACAAAUGACAAAUUGUUAAAAAAACAGUCACGAGUUCCUGGAGAAGUCUUUUAAAUCCCCAGUCUCACCCCCUGGCCGAGAAAAACAAGUGACAAUUAUGCUCUUACCCCAGACAUUAUCUUAUAUUAAAGAAACCAUUUAACUUUAAUCUACACAAUAAAACAUGAAAUAAAAAUUAAUAUAAGUAAAUGAAUAAAUAAAAUUAUGUAAAAUUACUAAAAAACUUAAAUACAGAGACAAUUAAGAAGAUUAAAUUUUUUUUACAAAAACACAAUGUAGAACUUAAAGUAAAAAAAGAAAGAAUCACAAGAAAUCUCUCAUUUGUAUACGUACAAACAUUUCUUUAAAAAUUUAUAAUGACCUAAUAAGAUUUGAUACCAAAUCUUGAUGGUCUCUCUUAUAAAUAAAUAACAUUUAUUUAUUUAGUCUCCUAUAUUUGUAAUUAUACUAUAGUGCAUCUAGCAAAUCUAUGUUUAUCUUAAAACUAAAUUAAAAAAUAAAUAUAAUUUUAUAAUUGGUAAUUGGUUGACUGUCGUGGAUAAUGAAGAGAAGAAUAGUUGGGAUGGUCAGUCAAAAAGGAAGGGAAAAAUAAAUGAUAAUAUUUAUUUUUACAUAUACGACCUGAAGUUCAGCCCUUCAUCAGGGCUAAGAAAAUAACCAGAUAACAAGGUAUGAGAAACAUAAGUAGUAAUGGUAAAAAAAAAAAUAUAUAUAUAAAUAAAAUAAUAAAAAAUAAAAUAAAUAAAUAUAAAGUAAAAUGAAAUUGUUAGAAUAAUGACUAAGAACUAAGAGAUAAAUAAUAAUAACCGUUACAAAGUGUGGAAUGAUGAAGAGGCAUAAUCAAAAAGGGUGACAUAAGUGUUACAAUGGGAAUCUUAGAAUGAAAUGUAAAACAUAAAAAAAAGAAAUAUGAAGUUAUAUAAGAAAUGAAAAUAAAUAGUAAAAUUAAGACAUUGAGAAUAGAGUAGUUGAUAAUGAAGAGAAGAAUAGUUGGGGUGGUCAGUCAAAAAGGAAGGGAAAAAUAAAUGUUAAUAUUUAUUUUUACAUAUGCCGACGUUUCGACCUGAAGUUCAGGCCUUCAUCAGGGCUAAGAUCCAUUACUCCAUUCUCAAUGUCUUAAUUUUACUAUUUAUUUUCAUUUCUUAUAUAACUUCAUAUUUCUUUUUUUAUGUUUUACAUUUUAUUCUAAGAUUCCCAUUGUAAUACUUAUGUCACCCUUUUUGAUUAUGCCUACUUCAUCAUUCCACACUUUGUAACGGUUAUUAUUAUUUAUCUCUUAGUUCUUAGUCAUUAUUCUAACAAUUUCAUUUUACUUUAUAUUUAUUUAUUUUAUUUUUUAUUAUUUUAUAUAUAUAUAUAUAUAUAUAUUUUUUUUUUUACCAUCACUACUUAUGUUUCUCAUACCUUGUUAUCUGGUUAUUUUCUUAGCCCUGAACUUAUGAAGGGCUGAACUUCAGGUCGAAACGUCGGCAUAUGUAAAAAUAAAUAUUAUCAUUUAUUUUUGCCUUCCUUUUUGACUGACCACCCCAACUAUUCUUCUCUUCAAAUAUAGUUUUAAUUUACAAGAGUUAUGUAUAGAGUAUUUCCUGGUAACAGACAAUUUUAAGUUCGUAAGGUUGAAUAUUGGAGAGAAAGUAAAUUGAAUAAUUUGUGGAAUAUUGACUCUUAUGUAGUCAGCUCAACUCUGCUCACUUACUUUUAGAGGACAUGGUGGAUGAGCCUGUUAAAGCCAUGCCUGCUUUAGCAUUCUUUAGUUUAAUGACACCAGUUCAAAUCCCAGCUGGGCAAGUUGAAAUAUUUUUUGUGGCAUGGAAUAAAUCUCAACAUUUCCACUCUGGUUAGAAUAGAUUUGAUUGUACUUCUAGAACAACUACUUACCUACAAGUAUGUUAGAAAUGACUAGGCAGAGAGUAAAGGAAAAAAAAAAAAAAAAAAAAAAACUGCUGAACUCGGUUUCUAUCUAGCAAUUCAAAUAAAAGAGUUUUUGUUGUUAUGAGAUUCACUCUUCACAUCAUUACAACCAUUACCUUCUCAGCCUAAAAUAGGGAAGAACCUUUCUCCUUUACAUAACUGCAGACAACUGUCUUGUAACCACCUGCUUGAAUUUUGUUUUACGUUAGUUCAAUUACAUGCAGUAAUUCUGGUUCUACAGUGGAUUCCGAGCCAUUGCAGUAUUCCAGGAAAUGAGGAACCAUAGUCUCGUCAGGAGAAGAGCAGAAUUGCCUCAAACAGGCCAUCCAAAAUCUUACGAUUCAAUUCGACGAAUGGUAAGGAUGGGAGUGAAGGAGGAAACAAAAAAUAUUCACAAAGACAAGGUAGAAGGAAGACGUUAUGGAUGUUUGGUGGAAAACCCGAUCCCAGCUGACCUACCAAGAAGAGAUGCAGUAGCCUGCUUCCGUCUGGCCACUGUUCACGACUAUUUACAAAGUCAUCUCCACAAGAUAGGCGUGGCUGAAGAUCCUAGGUGUAAAUUAUGUGAACAAGCGAAAAUGGAUGCAGACCACCUAGACAAAUGUCCUGCUUUGACCGACAUAAGAAAUAAAACAUUUGUGAAUGAAUAUAUAAAAAAAUCAAACUUAUACUGGGCAGCAAGAUGUUGGAUGGUCAAAUGACCAAUGACUACAGCAUAUGAAAAAAAAAAAAUACAUACAGCAAUUCCAAGGUUGAUUGUUAUUAGAAUCUAUUAAAAAAAAAUAUAAUUAUGAAUUUGUAUUGAAGUAUAAGCUGUAGACUAGAAGAACGGAAUUAUCAACUAAACCAACUUACACGUUUGAUUGCAGCCUUUGGAAAAGCUGAUCUUCGAUACAUUUCGUAAUGGUUUAACUGAGAUUCAGUGAAAUUGGAAACAAGAAC